AUGCAAGCGGCAAGAUGGAGAGACUGGUGGCGUUACAUGAGCUUGGAGGACGAGGAGGAUCGAUCGAAACAGAUGCCAGAUCGAUCGACUCCACCUCAGGAGAGUCCCGUCAACAGCCCUUGGAGCGAGUUGAUGCGGCAUCUAUGGGAUGAGUACAAGUAUGCAUUUCUGGGACCUAACUCUACAUACCCUGUGAUAGUGAAUGCUGAGCUGAACAAUGUUGAACUUGCUUUGCUUCUCUGUGAGCUUAGGAAGUAUAGAAAAGCUAUAGGGUAUUCGCUAGAUGACAUUCCUGGAAUUUCUCCUGAUCUUUGCAUGCAUAGAAUACAUCUAGAAGAUGAAUCGAUGACUUCUGUAGAACAUCAGAGGAGGUUAAACCCGAAUCUAAAAGAUGUUGUCAAGAAAGAGAUAAUGAAACUUCUAGAUGCUGGUGUAAUUUAUGCUAUAUCUGAUAGUAAGUGGGUCAGUCCUGUGCAUGUAGUUCCUAAGAAAGGUGGUAUAACUGUUGUUAAAAAUGAUAGGAACGAGCUGAUACCCACUAGAACUGUCACUGGUCAUCGCAUGUGCAUUGAUUACCGCAAACUGAAUGCUGCAACUCGCAAAGAUCAUUUUCCUCUCCCAUUUAUUGAUCAAAUGCUUGAGAGAUUGGCUAACCAUCCAUACUACUGCUUUUUAGAUGGUUACUCAGGUUUCUUUCAGAUCCCCAUCCACCCAGACGACCAGGAGAAGACGACAUUCACAUGUCCAUAUGGCACUUAUGCUUAUCGCAGAAUGCCGUUUGGACUGUGCAAUGCACCGGCGACGUUCCAGCGCUGCAUGAUGUCUAUUUUCACUGACCUUAUUGAGGACAUAAUGGAAGUUUUCAUGGACGACUUUUCUGUCUAUGGAAGCUCUUUUGCUGUGUGUUUGUCUAAUCUGUGCAGGGUAUUGCAGCGGUGUGAGGAGAGACAUCUUGUGCUGAACUGGGAGAAAUGCCACUUCAUGGUGAGAGAUGGGAUCGUGCUGGGACAUAGGAUUUCAGAGAAGGGAAUCGAGGAGGUCAAGUUCGACUUUGACAGUGCAUGCUUGGAGGCCUUUCCACACGAUCAAGGGAGCUCUAAGAAAGGAGAAGAAGCUGCACGUGAUCUACUACGCCAGUCACACUUGAUGAAGCUCAGUGCAAGUACCCUACGACUGAGAAAGGAACUAUUGGCAGUGGUGUUUGCAUUUGAGAAGUUUCGGUCCUAUCUUGUUGGAUCGAAGGUGAUUGUCCAUACUGAUCACGCUGCCUUGAAGUACUUGCUGACGAAGAAGGAUGCGAAGCCGAGACUCUUGAGAUGGAUUCUUUUGCUUCAGGAGUUCGAUCUGGAGAUCAAGGAUAAGAAAGGAUUGACAAUGGUUUGUUGUGAUCGAUUACGGCGAGCCCUGCUCGCAGAUGAUGGAAGUCGAUCGAGCGCAGGUGACAGAGAUCGAUCGACUAGAGAUGACGGAGACCGUACUGUGAGCUGCAACUCUGUUGACCGUCGCAGUUUCCCGUGGUUUGGAGAGAUAACCAAUUACCUCGCUGCUGAGCAUGAACCUACGGGGUUUGUAGGGAACAAGAAGAAGAAGUUCUUGAGAGAUAUUAGGCACUAUUUCUGGGAUGAACCAUUCCUAUACAAGCACUGCACCGAUGGAGUUUGCAGGAGAUGUGUAGCUGAUGAGGAGAUACGUGGGAUCUUGUUCCACUGCCAUAGCUCGUCUUAUAUUGGACACUUCGCCACAUACAAGACUGUAUCCAAGGCACUACAAGCUGGCUACUGGUGGCCCACCAUGUUCCGAGAUGCACACAGAUUUGUGUCUAAGUGUGAUGUAUGCCAGAGACAGGGGAACAUCAGUAAGAGAAAUGAGAUGUCACAUGAUCGCGGGAUCAUCAGGUCUUCCCUUUCCUAUCCCUGA